AUCUUCCUCUGGAGCCCAGCCUUGGGGUGGCCCAGCAUGGAGGCAGCCACAGCUCUGGAGGUGGCCUCGGGAUCCGCACCGAAGGUGAAAGAAGCCAGCCUACCACGCUGACCUGACGGAGCCCAGGCUUCGCCUCGGCAGGGGGCCAUCAGCCCCAUUUCCCAGCUCCUGCCCCCCACAGAAGAGCACCCCAAGAUCUGGCUACCUCAGGCCCUGAGGCAGACCUGCGUCCGGAAGUUUGGAGACACUCUGAAUAUACUAAUCCCGUUCCAGGGCAAACCCCAACCUCAAGCCAUCUGCACGCGUGACGGCUGCGCCUUGGACGCCAGUCAUGUGAGCAUGUGGAAUGGGGAGCGGGACUCCAUCCUCUUCAUCUGAGAGGCCCAGCGUGCUGACUCGGGUCACUGCCAGCUCCGUGUGCAGCUGGGCGGGCUGGAGGCCACCGCCACCAUUGACACCCUGGUGAUUGGUACAAGGCCAGGCUCCCUUCAGAGUAUCAAGUUGGUGGAUGUCUGGGGCUCCAGCACUACCCUGGAGUGGACUCCGCCCCAAGACACAGACGCACUCCUGGGAUGCGCGGUGCAGAAGGCUGACACCAAAUCUGGGCUGUGGCUCAUGGUGCUGGAGCGCUAUCACCGCGCCAGCUGCACAGUCUCCUACCUCAUCGUCGGCAACUCCUAUGCAUUUUGAGUCUUUGCUGAGAAAGACUCAGCAAGACAGCCUUGUGGGCUCAGCCAGACAGCCUCUGUCACUGCCAACCUGGCCCACAUCCAGAAAGCAGCUACUGUUUACAAGACCGAGGGGUUUGUCCAGCGAGAUUUCUCAGAAGCCCCAAAGUUGACCCAUCCUCUGGCAGACUGCACUACAGUCAUUGGCUCUGACACCCAGCUCUUCUGCUGCAUCCAUGCCUCCCUCAGGCCAAAGAUCAUCUGGCUAAAGAAGAUGGAUAUCCAAGGCAACCCCAAGUACAGAGCCCUCACUCACCUGGGAAUCUUCUCCCUAGAAAUCCACAAGCCUGGCCCCUUUGACAGGGGCAUCUAUGCCUGCAAGGCUGUGAACCCCCUGGGGGAGGCGUCAGUGGACUGUUGGGUGGAUGUGAAAGCACCAUGGACUCCCCCCAGACCUGGAAGUAUAUCCCUUCUCGAUGCUCUGAAAGGUUUCCCAGAGAUUUCUGAGAUGUUAAAAUGGAGAGAUGUUGGAGAGAUGUCUGAAUUUUGCAGCUCCUAAGUGAGGCACCCUAAGUGGACACGGGCAACUCUGAGGAAGUGCCAGCAACGGAGCAGGGUAAAUACAGAAUUCAGAGCACAGGACCGAGGGACCAUGAAAGGAGGUCACCUCAGCAGCCUGGAUGAGCUCUCGCUGUUUGCCGUUAUGGCCACAACAUAUCCUCUCUUUUCUGUGCCUCCAGGAAGCCUGUGGCGAGACUGUUCUUAAGGAGAUCCAGCAUAG